AUGUCUGAACGCGCCCGUAUAGAUAAGGCUACCGCGGCUACGAUGUCCGAGCUCGCUCCUGGCUUCCCUCGACAGAUUGGUCCUGCUUCAGAUACUUCAAAGCAUGACAUUAUAGAGCUACAGCUCCGGCCAACUUCACAUCUCGGUCAAACCGCCAGAGACACUCUGUACACGCUGUGGGACCAUAACAUUAGGCCCCUCGCCAAAGGUACGGAGUUCGACGUGCCCGAGGCGGACAAGCGAGAAGAGUUGUUCGAUGCGACCACUCGGUUCCUCUUACUUCUACGAAAGCGCUCAGCAGCGGCUGUCUCAGUCGACGAGGCAAAUACAUCACCGCAUCUUGGGCCAGAGAACAAUACAGCAGCUGCAGGUACAGACGAGCAGGCGAAGCCAAAGAAGAAAAAACGGAAGAAGGUGGAUAAGCUGGACUUUGGACCGGAUGAGCUGGUAGGGUACUGCUCCUUCCGCUUCGAUGUGGAAGAAGAUGCGGAAGUCAUCUACUGUUAUGAGCUGCAGCUCGCCAUAUCUGGCCAGCGGAGAGGGUUUGGUCGGAUCUUGAUUGCGGAGAUGGAGCGGAUAGGGCGGGAAAGAGGGAUGGAGAAGGCCAUGCUGACGUGUAUAUCUGCCAAUGUUCCAGCUAAGGCGUUCUAUGCGAAAAUGGGGUAUGACCUCGAUGAGUAUGACCUAACAAGAAUAACCUCGCCAACAAAGGCGUCAAAAUGGGCAACGACAUCGACCAAGGUCGGAUACUACAUCCUCACCAAACAUCUCCAAACUCCCAUUUGA